AUGCCAGGAUACUCAGAGUUUUACUUCAAUGUGGACCAUGGCUACCUGGAGGGUCUGGUCCGAGGGUUCAAAGGUGGGAUCUUGACAAGUGCGGACUAUGUCAAUUUAGCACAGUGUGAGACACUAGAAGAUCUGAAGUUGCAUCUACAGACUACAGACUAUGGCAAUUUCUUGGCAAAUGAAACUGGUCCUCUCACUGUUUCCACCAUCGAUGAAAAACUGAAAACAAAACUACUCACAGAAUUUCAUUACUUCAGAAACCAUGCUUUUGAACCACUCGCCACUUUUCUGAAUUUUGUCACAUACAGCUAUAUGAUUGACAACGUAAUUCUUUUAAUAACUGGCACAUUACAUCAGCGACCCAUAGCUGAGCUUGUUCCCAAGUGCCAUCCAUUGGGGAGCUUUGAGCAAAUGGAAGCAGUCAGCAUUGCCUCAAACCCCACUGAACUCUUCAAUGCAAUUUUGGUUGACACACCAUUAGCUGCAUUUUUUCAAGACUGCCUGUCUGAAAACGACCUGGAUGAAAUGAACAUUGAAAUAAUGCGCAACAAACUGUACAAGUCUUAUCUUGAGGCAUUUUAUAAGUUUUGUGAAAAACAAGGUGGUACUACAGCAGAAAUAAUGAGACCUAUUCUUGAGUUUGAGGCAGACAGACGUGCUUUUAUCAUCACCAUUAAUUCAUUUGGCACUGAGCUGAGUAAAGAUGACCGAGAGAAGCUGUAUCCAACCUGUGGAAAACUUUAUCCAGAAGGCUUGCACCUGUUGGCCAAUGCAGAUGACUAUGAGCAAGUGAAGUGUGUUGCAGAAUACUAUGCAGAAUACAAGGCUGUGUUUGAAGGUGUAGGGAGUGGCACUGGAGAAAAGACCCUGGAAGACGCAUUUUUUGAACAUGAGGUAAAGCUGAAUGUGCUUGCAUUCAACAACCAGUUUCAUUUUGGAGUAUUUUAUGCCUAUGUGAAGUUAAAGGAACAAGAAUGCAGGAAUAUUGUAUGGAUUGCUGAAUGCAUUUCUCAGAGACACAGAACAAAAAUUAACAACUACAUUCCAAUUUUCUAAAUCUGAUAAUAUAUAAUGUUUGAAAUGAUGUAUCAUUUCAUAGAAAAGAAGAAAAAUCUUAUUUCAAAAAUUAACUCUUACCAGAUCUUUUAAAUUGUAUUAAUUAGCCUCCUUACAUACAUCACCGUAGGAAAAAAAAGUAAUGCAAUUAGAGAUAUGAGUACUUCAUAAGGAAAUACUAAUGGGUUUAUUCACAAAUUUGUUGGUAGAUUUGUUCCCCACUGUGCCUAUUUUAAUUUAAUUGAUCAAUAAAAACCUCCUGCAAUGUC